AUGGCACUUCAGAAAGUAGCAGAAGCCAAAGCUGACAAGAGCAGUGACACAAAAGAUGCAACGGCGAAGAGCACAGCGCAGCUGCCACGACGGCUUCAGUCUCAGGCACUUCUGGAAGAUCCAGCUGGGACAGAACAUCUACUCAAGGUCAAGAAGUCUGCGAGUUCUGAAACCAUGCUGUAUCCUGUCCCAGAAGUCAAAGCUACAGCUGUGAAAGCCAAAGCUCAACCAAAUCAACCGGCCAAGGAGGAGAAGGGCACGACAGCCAGAGCUGUUCGAGAGUGUCUUGCCAGAUCAAACACAGCUGAAAUCGCAGCUGUGCCGGCUGAGGAAGCUGUCGCUAUUCCUGAGGAGAUUGAGGAGGCUCCUGAGAGCAAGAGGAAAAGUAGAAAGACUUCUAAGGAGACACCACAGGCUCCUGCAGCUGCCGCUACUUCUGAGAAGACUCCUGAGACCGAGAAGAAAACCACCAAAAGAAAGACUUCUACGGGGACUACGGAGGCACCAAAGGCUCUUGAGAAGAAGGCUGCUGAGAAGAAGGCUCCUGAGAAGAAGGCUCCUGAGAAGAAGGAGAAGAAGACUUGUGAGGAGCCACCAAAGGCUGAUGAGAAGAAGACAUCGAAAGGACAGCCAGAAGUCGAUCCGCCAGAAGCAGAAGCUGAUGAUGCUGAAUCCAGCAGUGAAGACACGCAGGAGAUUCUGCUGAAAGAGCAGCAAGUGAAGGCGAAACGGGAAGCUCACGCGCGAUUCAUGCGCUUCCGUCGCUUCCUUUCUAGCCCUAAGACGCCUGCAGAGAUCAGAGCAGCAGGCGCUUCGGCGUUCCGGGACCACAACAAACUCCACCUUCUCUUAGAACAGUGGAGUUCUUGCAGUGGAGUGUGGCGGCAAUCUGAUUUUUGGAUUCAGCUCAAGUCCAAGAAGAGGCACCGAAAAAUAGGCUGCCGUCGGUGGGUCACCAAAGCUGAGCUGGUGGGUAAGCUCGGCAGCCAGCAGGCGGCCCAGGAGAUCAUAGAGUGUAAGAUGAUGGACCCACAAGUGAGAUCUGAACAAGUAAGAGCGAAUCCUGACUGUCAUGGAAAAGAGACAGAGGCUGGGACGGCGUGGGUUUGCCUUCGGACAAGGUACCUUGAUAUGCAAAAGAUCGAUCUGUAA